UAAAACGGUUGCAAAACUGUUGAGUCUGCUGAACGCAGCCAUUGUGUUUUUUUGCUACUGUAAUUCAUUAAGACGUGAUCUAGCCGUAUUUCCUCCGUUUUGCUCCGUUUUCUCCAUUUGAGACAGGAGCCAUUAAUUAGAAGAAGAAGAAGAAGAGAGUCCAUCGCACCGAGCAAGAAGCCACGACGACCCAACAAGAGAUUGAAAUGGAGAAUAUAGUCAAAAAACGUCAAGCUAACGAUGAUUGCAUGAUGGAGGUAGAGAUAGUUAACGGAAUAAAGGGAAAAGUAAAACAGUAUUCAGCUAAAAAGAAAGCCAAGAAUGUGCAAGGUGGAGAACAAAGAAAGAUAUCGGUACCAGCACACAGAUACUCGCCUUUGAAGGAAAACUGGAUAAAAAUAUUUACACCCAUUACCGAACACCUGAAACUGCAAAUACGUUUCAAUGUGAAGACUAGAAAUGUAGAAAUUAGAACGGCACCAGAAACCCCGGAUAUUUCAUACCUCCAAAAAGCGGCAGACUUCGUGAAAGCGUUCAUCUGUGGGUUCGAGGUGGAGGACGCUUUGGCUUUGUUACGUCUGGACGAUCUGUUUGUGGAAUCUUUCGAGAUACAAGACGUCAAGCAACAAAUGAAAGGGGAUCAUCAAUCUAGGGCAAUUGGAAGAUUAGCGGGCAAAGGUGGAAGAACAAAGUUUACCAUCGAGAACGUAACGAAAACUAGGAUUGUGAUAGCCGAUACCAAGAUACACAUCCUUGGUUCUUACCAGAACAUACAAUUAGCUCGUAGGGCGAUAUGUAAUUUAAUCUUAGGCAGUCCUCCUUCCAAGGUUUAUGGACAAUUAAGAAACAUAGCUAGCAAGAUAUCAGAACGAUUCUAA